AUGCCCACAGCAGCAGAAGGCGCAGCAACAGCAAGAGCAGCAGCAGCAGCAGCAGCAGCAGCAGCAGCAGCAGCAACUCAAACUGCUGAUGUAGAGAUAUCAGGCGAAGAAGAAAAAGCCAGAGAAUUGGGUGAAGGUACUUCAGCGCAGCAGCAGCAGACCGGCAGUAGCCGCAGCAGCAAGUCCGCAGCAGCUGCAGCAGCGCAGCACGAGCAGGUCAGCAGCAGCAGCAGCAGCAACUGCUGCUGCUGCAGAUGGAGACAAGGCCGUCUUCGGUGUCUCUUAUGGAUGACAGAAGACUCAUGUGGGGAGUCUCCAGCAGCAGCAGCAGAUCGAGCAGCUGCUGCUGCUGUCGUUGCCGCUGGAGCUGCACUGCAGCAGCAGCAGCCACAGCAACAGCAAAACUACGGCGCCCGUUUCGCUGAACUUCAUGCAGCAGCAGCAGCUGCAGCAGCAGCAGCAGCAGCAGCAGCAGAACCAGCCGCUGCUGCAGCUGAUGACUUCGGCUUAGGGGCGCCGCCCGCUCUGCUUCAGGCUACUGCUGUUGCUGCUGCUGCUGCUGUCCGCAGCAGCAAGAGCAGCAGCAGCCUAGAUAGAGAGGGAUCACCAUGCCCAUCCCCUUCGCCUAAGCAGCAGCAGCAGCAGCAGCAACAGCAACAGCAGCAGCAGCAACAACAGCAGCAUCAGCAGCAGCAGCAACAGCAGAGCGCUGCUUUCGAAAAGUCGCAGACGCAGUACCUAGGAGCUCAUGAGUGUCUGCUGCCCUUGCAGCAGCAGCAGCAGCAGCAACUUCUGCCGCCACUGCAGCAGCAGCCGCUUCUGCUGCAGCAGCAACUUCUGCAGCAGCAAAGGGAGCGCCUCCGGUGUGAGGAGCAGCAGCUGCGGCUGAGGCUGCAGCAGCUGCAGCAAGAGAAUGCGGAGCGCUCUGCAGCCGCUGCAGCUGCCACCGCAGCAGCAGCAGCAGCAGCAAGUGCAGCAGGAGAGCAAGCUGACUGGAGCAGCAGCUACUGCAGCACCAGCAACCGAGGCAGCAAGACAGGCCAACGCAGCAGCAGCAGCAGCAGCAGCAGCAGCUCUCCUUCUGUCACGUUGCUGGUGCAGCAACUGGAGCAGCAGGAGCAGCACCUUCGCUUGCUGCGGCGGAACGAACAGCAGCAGCAGCAGCAGCAGCAGCAGCAGCAGCAGCAGCAGCAACGGCAACAGCAGCAGCAAGAGGCUUUAGCUGCUCUAAACCAUCAGUGGGAGGUUUCUUCGUGGGGCAGCCGCUGCAGCAGCACCAGUGCAGCAACUUGCUGCUGCGGCCCCACAGCCCCGAGAGCAGAUGUGCUGCUGCUGCAGCAGCAGAGCUGCUGCAUGCACUGCGACCAAGAGCAGCAGCAGCAGCAGCAGCAGCAGCAGCAGCAGCAAGUGCUGCGCGAGUCUCUAAAGGAGUGCCCUGAGUGCCACAAGAGUCUCCUCGUGGAGCUCGUCAGGCGCUGCUCCCCAGAGCAGCAGCAGCAGCACAGCAGCAGCAGCAGCAGCAGCAGCAGCAGCAGCAAGUUCCUGCGGGUGAAGCAGCAGCAGCCGCCGGGCUUCUGCCGCUGCUGGGACCUCGUUAGUGGGGAGACAGCCCUGGCAGCAGCAGAUGCUGCAGCACUGCAGCAGCAAACCAGGGAGCGAGACACAGCAGCAGCAGCAGCAGCAGCAGCAGCAGCAGAAAGAGCCCCCUCCCCCUCCGUGUGGACAUGGGCACUUCAAAAUUUGCUGCUAGAUAUCUAG